UCCUGACAACUGCAGACCACCGCCAACCAGCAGUAGCAGCAGCCACAGCACUUCUACACAACAUCUAAAACUAACUGGUAAAUUUGCAACAUCUCUUCACCUCUACGAGAAAGAUGAAGAGUCUGCUUUGCCUCAGCAUUCUACUUUGUGUCUGUGUCCUCCAUAUUAGCGAUGCCAGAGUCAUCCCAGAGGGAGUGCCGUAUGAUGAACCACCAGCCGUCCCCUACUGGCCGUACUCCACCUCAGACUUCUGGAACUACAUCGAGUACUUCAAAUCCAUCGGGGCCUACAACCACAUCAAUGAGAUGGCGCGGGCCUUCUUUGCCCACCAGCACCUGGGAAACACGCUGGGCUACGAGACCAACAUGGGGCACGAGCACUGAGGCAAAGAGAGCAAGCACUGAAAUGUAUGAAAUAAAAGGAAUUCUGGAUUUGUAUAUUAACUAGCAAAGAUAAGUAAAGUAAAUGCCGGAAGGUUAAUAUCUUUAAGAAGCGUAAAAUAUUUUCCUGACUAAGUCAUUUCAUGAUGGCGUGACUAUACUUGUAUACAGUAGAGAGCGGUAGAUUAAGUAGCACUUUUUAACGUUGUGACACGCAAUGAACGUGAAAU